GAGGUGGGUGGGGAGUGGCAGACUCCGCCUAGGCUCCUGGGUUGACUCCCACCAACGUCGCUGAGACUCUGGCCGGAGAGCGAGAGCUCAGAGCCGGGAAGGAUGAGGCGCCCGCGGCGGCCCGGAGGUCCCGCGGGCUGCGGGGGCUCCGAGGGUUCCGGGGGCCUUCGGCUGCUGGUCUGCCUGCUGUUGUUGAGCGGCCGCCCCGGGGGCUGCAGCGCCAUCAGUGCCCACGGCUGUCUCUUUGACCGCAGACUUUGUUCGCAUCUGGAAGUCUGUAUUCAGGAUGGCUUGUUUGGACAGUGCCAGGCAGGAGUGGGGCAGGCACGGCCCCUCUUACAAGUCACUUCCCCAGUUCUCCAGCGCUUACAAGGUGUGCUCCGGCAACUCAUGUCCCAAGGCUUGUCCUGGCAUGAUGACCUCACCCAGUAUGUGAUCUCCCAGGAGAUGGAACGAAUCCCCAGGCUUCGUCCCCCAGAACCUCAUCCAAGGGACAGAUCUGGAUCGGUGCCCAGGAGAGCAGGCCCAGCAGGGGAAUUGCUUUCUCAGGGCAAUCCCACUGGCUCCUCUCCUGCUGUCCAGGGGCUCUCUCGGCCUCCAGGGGAUGGGAAUGGAGCUGGGGUGGGCUCCCCACUGUCCUCUCUGCAGGCUGAGCUGUUACCCCCUCUCUUGGAGCAUCUGCUAAUGCCCCCGCAGCCUCCACACCCGUCUCUGACCUAUGAACCUGCAUUGCUACAACCUUACUUGUUCCAGCAGUUUGGUUCCCGAGAUGGCUCCCGGGGCUCAGAGAGCGCCUCUGGGGUAGUUGGCCAUCUGGCCAAGGCUGAAGAUCCUGUACUCUUCAGCAGAAGCCUCUCCAAGGCCAUUUUGGGGACUCACUCUGGACACUCCUUUGGUGACCUUACAGGUCCCUCACCUGCUCAGCUUUUCCAGGAUUCAGGGCUGCUCUACAUGGCCCAAGAGUUGCCAGUGCCUGGCAGAGCCCGGGCGCCAAGGUUGCCAGAGGAAGGGGGCAGCAGCCGGGCAGAGGACUCUUCAGAGGGCCAUGAGGAGGAAGUACUAGGGGGUCAUGGGGAGAAGUCCCCUCCCCAAGCAGUACAAGCAGGUAACAAUGUAAGUCUGCAGAGAUUGGCUGCUGUGCUGGCAGGCUACGGAGUAGAGCUGCGUCAGCUGACCCCGGAACAGCUUUCUACCCUCUUAACCCUGCUGCAGUUACUGCCCAAGGGCACAGGAAGACAUCUUGGAGGGGCUGUGAACGGAGGAGCCGAUGUCAAGAAAACAAUAGAAGAACAAAUGCAGAGAGGGGACACAGCAGACGCUCGGCCCCCCACACCCUUGCUUCCUGGACACCCCACUGCCAGCUCCACCUCCAUCAAAGUUCGGCAGGUGCUGAGCCCUGGUUUCCCUGAACCUCCCAAGACAUCCAGUCCUCUGGGCAUCUCGGCUGUCCUGCUGGAGAAGAAAAGUCCCUUGGGCCAGAGCCAGCCCACAGUGGUGGGACAGCCUUCAGCUCGACCGUCCGCUGAGGAGUAUGGCUAUAUAGUCACUGAUCAGAAACCCCUGAGUCUGGUGGCUGGAGUGAAGUUGCUGGAGAUCCUGGCUGAACAUGUGCACAUGACUUCAGGCAGCUUCAUCAACAUCAGUGUGGUAGGACCAGCUGUCACCUUCCGAAUCCGGCACAAUGAGCAGAACUUGUCUUUGGCAGAUGUGACCCAGCAAGCUGGGCUGGUGAAGUCUGAACUGGAAGCGCAGACAGGGCUCCAGAUUUUGCAGACAGGGGUGGGACAGAGGGAGGAAUCCGCCGCAGUCCUUCCCCGACAAGCCCAUGGCAUAUCUCCCAUGCGCUCAUUGCUGCUUACUCUGGUGGCCCUGGCAGGUGUCGCUGGGCUACUAGUAGCUUUGGCGGUGGCCCUGUGUAUGCGCCAUCAUUCGAAACAACGGGAUAAGGAGCGCCUGGCCGCGCUGGGGCCGGAGGGGGCCCACGGUGACACUACUUUUGAAUACCAGGACCUGUGUCGCCAGCACAUGGCCACAAAGUCGCUGUUUAACCGGGCAGAGGGUCAGCCAGAGCCUUCUCGGGUGAGCAGUGUGUCCUCCCAGUUCAGUGACGCGGCCCAGGCCAGCCCCAGUUCCCACAGCAGCACACCGUCCUGGUGCGAGGAGCCUGCCCAGGCCAACAUGGACAUCUCCACAGGACACAUGAUUCUGGCAUACAUGGAGGAUCACCUCCGGAACCGGGACCGGUUGGCCAAGGAGUGGCAGGCCCUGUGCGCCUACCAAGCGGAGCCAAACACCUGUGCCACCGCACAAGGUGAAGGCAACAUCAAGAAGAACCGCCAUCCUGACUUCUUACCCUAUGACCAUGCCCGAAUCAAGCUGAAAGUGGAGAGCAGCCCCUCUCGGAGUGAUUACAUCAACGCCAGUCCCAUCAUCGAGCAUGACCCUCGGAUGCCGGCCUACAUAGCCACACAGGGACCCCUGUCCCACACCAUCGCAGACUUCUGGCAGAUGGUGUGGGAGAGUGGCUGCACUGUCAUCGUUAUGCUGACCCCUUUGGUGGAGGAUGGUGUCAAACAGUGUGACCGCUACUGGCCGGAUGAAGGGUCCUCCCUCUACCACGUCUAUGAGGUGAACCUGGUGUCUGAGCACAUCUGGUGCGAGGACUUCCUGGUGCGGAGCUUCUACCUGAAGAACGUGCAGACCCAGGAGACGCGCACGCUCACUCAGUUCCACUUCCUCAGCUGGCCGGCAGAGGGCACUCCGGCCUCCACCCGGCCGCUGCUGGACUUCCGCAGGAAAGUGAACAAGUGCUACAGAGGCCGCUCCUGUCCCAUCAUAGUGCACUGCAGUGAUGGUGCAGGGAGGACAGGCACCUACAUCCUUAUUGACAUGGUACUGAAUCGCAUGGCGAAAGGAGUGAAGGAGAUUGAUAUCGCUGCCACCCUGGAGCAUGUCCGUGACCAGCGACCUGGCCUUGUCCGUUCUAAGGUGACAGUGGCUCCCCGCCUAUCCUUAGUUGGUUCCCUUUCCAAGCAUGCUUUUCAUGGCCACCAUAAAGAAGCCAACAGCAGUCUGCUCCUCCCACAUCCCUCAGGAAGACCCACCUCUUCCCAGAUGCCCAGCACCCUCCACCCCUGUAAUGUUUCCUGGGGCAGAGGCAGAGGCAGAGGCAGAGGCAGAGGCUAGGUUUCCCCUGACCCUUCUGCCACUGACCUUGCACAGGACCAGUUUGAGUUUGCGCUGACAGCCGUGGCGGAGGAGGUGAAUGCCAUCCUCAAGGCCCUGCCCCAGUGAGCCCCCUGGGUACCUCAGUGGGCAUCCUGGCCUCUGCUCCUUCUGCCUGUGUGUGAGCAUUUGUGCACCCACUCUUCAGCCCCUACCCAUCUGCCACCUUGGUCCGUCCGACUUGGGCAUGAUAGCCCUUUCCAACCCAGUGUGGAAGGAAGUCGGGAGGGAAGGGGCAGGUCCACCCUGCUUUAUUCACGCUAGAACCAAGAUCUCCUGUGGGAAACAGACAGCAGGCAAGGGGAGGAGUGGACACCAGCAGCAAGUGUGCCCGAGCCCCAUCCUUCCUGAGUCUCUGUCUCCCUCUGUGUGUGUACCUCCCCACUCCCACCAGCCUAUCGUGUAUAGACAAAGCAGAAUGAGAAGGCCCCAGCUCCCCCCAGUCCUGCUACCACUGGCCUGCCACCUUGACCCUGCUCAACCUUCUCCCUCUAGCACAAGCAAACAUUUCUAGAAAAAUCUACUUUUGUAUCAAUGUGAAUAAAGUUAGUGUGUUGUCUGUGCAGCUGCAA